UGCAGUUAAUUAGCUAAAGAACAAAAGCAAAUAAAAAGAGAAGCAGUUUGUCUUUAUCAAUAGCUUGGUGCGGUAUUAGAUUGAAGAGAGCCCGUGUUUCAUCUAUUUCCGUAAGGACCUGAACCAUUCUUUCUAAGAGAUUCCUCGAAAUCCAAGCGUUUCAGAACAUCACAAGUGAGACGGCAAAGAUCAAAAUGUUCGAUAAUAUUGCAACUGGUUCCACAAUGUAAUAAACUGUAACGACCAGAUCUUGUUAUUGACUCCAGCGAUCACAUACAAAAGGAUCAAGUUAUGGUAUGUAUGAUGAUGAAACGUCGCUGAAGAACCAAGCGUCGCCGGCAGACAAUCCAGGCGAAUUCCUGAUAAUGUUUAACACGUGAAUGUGAUGUGUCAAGUCAAGUUGUUGUAAUAUCAGGCUUGUACAAUGUUUCCUUCAUGGGCUUUAAUACAAAACUUGGUGGACUAACCGAAAAAAAGGAUAAUUUGCGAGAGGUAACCCUUAACAAAAACCAGGGUUCCAUAUCUCUCUUUUUCUCUACGCUCCAAAGUUAGGUUACUCCUUCGGAUCUCAAACGACUGGGAGAUGAAAGUUGCAAGAUUGGGAAGUGAAGAGGUUCUGCAUCCAGAUAGGAUCAGUCACCUUCCUGACGAUUUGCUCUUAAGAAUCCUCUCACUGACUCCGGUAAGAACUGCAAUGUCCACAAGCUUAUUGUCUACACGAUGGAAAUAUGUGUGGAAGAUGAUGCCAGUGCUCGUGUAUGACGAAACAUGUCCUUACAUUGGUUCCCUUGGAUUUGACCAAUUUUGUGUCACGUCCUUGCCAUUACAUGAAGCUCUCAAAACCCUAAAUCUCAAACUUGGGAAGUACACCGAUUCCAUAGAUAAUCUGUUAUUCCCAAAUAUCCGUUCCAAUCUCCUAGAGAUGAAAAUCAAUUUGAAUUAUUAUUAUGGUUAUUACACUCCCAUCACAUUUCCCAAUAACCUCACGGUCUUUAAAACACUCCUUGUCUUGAAACUUCAAGGUAGGAUUAUUUUGGACGUUGUUGAUUCUCCUAUUUGUUUCCUUUCCCUGAAAAUUUUGCACCUCACAUGUGUGAAUUUCGGGUGCGAAGAAUCUUUCGCAAGACUUUUAUCGGCCUGUCCUGUUCUUGAAGAUCUAUUCCUCCAAAGACUUUGCAGUCGUGGUCGUUUUUUGUUCAACAUGUCAGUCCCUUCUCUACAGAGAUUAUCCAUUACUUCAGAACGUGCCUAUUAUAAUUCUGAUGAACCAAGACUCGAGAUAAACACUCCUUUUUUAAAUUACCUAAAGAUCUUCGAUCGCUGCGGUUAUUAUAACUUUCUUGAGGAUAUGCCUAAACUGGUGGAGGCAGAUGUAUCAGUUGAUAUGUCCAAAAAUGAAAAUCUUCUGAGAGUUCUUUCUUCCGUUGAGCAUCUUGUUAUAUGUUUGUAUCCUUCACUGGUUCUUGAUCUAAGGGAUAGUUUAAUCUUCAACCGGCUUCUUCAUCUUGAACUAGAAGUUUGCAACAGUUUUCGCUCUAAUCUACUUCUGAGUUUGCUGAAAUAUUUUCCUUAUUUACAAUCUCUCAAGCUAGGUCGCACAUAUCCCAAAGAUACCGAGAAUCAACAGUACUGUUUAGGCUCGGAACCGAGCCCUGUUCCUAAAUGGUUGAGCUUCCAUCUCGAGAUUCUUCAAUGGAGAGGCUAUGGAGGAACACUAGAUGAGAGAGAAGCCGCAGCUUACAUUCUGAAAAACGCUCAUCGUUUAAAGACUGCUACGAUCAGAUUACAUAGAACGUGCAUGGAUAAUGGUCAGAUCAUAAUGAAGGAUUUGACGUAUAUGUCCAAAGCUUCGGCCUCAUGUCAGCUUGUAAUCGAAUAA